AUGGCGGCCGUAGCGUCUCUUGCUAACCCCACCACGUUUGCCUCUUCCUUACCCCGUGGUCACCACCACCAAGCGUCUAUUUCUGUCUCCAACUUCAGUUUCUCGAAUUCCAGAAAACAACGCUCAUUCAAAUUCCUAAUUUCCCAAUCUAUCCUGGCUUCUACCUCACCGGUAACAUGCCAUACAUCCAUCGUCUCUGCGGCAACAUCUGAUUCAUCUUCAUCAGGUUCCGCCACCUCAUUUCACGGUCUGUGCUAUGUCGUCGGAGACAACAUCGACAACGACCAAAUCAUCCCCGCUGAGUACCUAACCCUUGUCCUAUCAAAACCUGAUGAAUACAAGAAGCUAGGAUCCUACGCUCUCAUCGUACUCCCGACGUCGUACGAGACUCGAUUCGUUGAGCCAGGGGAGUACCAGUCGAAAUAUUUGAUCAACAGGGAAAGAGUAUAA